AUGUCAACAUACUGGGCAAUCCUCGAGCGAGCACCCGGAUCAAAGUUACGGCUCACAAAGCUGGAUGAUGAGAUAUACGAGAGCUUCAAAACCGAGUUCCCCGACUUCGACCCUGCCGCCACAAUCAAUGAAGAUGAAAUGAAGAGCAAAGCGGGCAAAGAAAAGUGGAGAAACUGGAUGAAGCAGUAUGAAGAGAAGGUUACAGAUUACAACUUUGGCACCCUGUUGAGAGCAAACCCGAAAUUUGAGUAUGGUGAAAAAGAGACAAUUUUUGUGGUCCGGAUGCAGUUUUAUGCUAUUGAAAUCGCAAGAAACCGCGCGGGUCUUAACGACUGGGACUAUACUCAAUACUACCGGAAAGGUUUCACAACGGUUGGCCGCAUAUGGGUGAAGUACCCUACGGACCUCUUGCAAGUCGCGGAGCAACCACCACACUUCGAGGUUGUAAGCCCCCCGCCACCCUGCGACGCCCAAGUUGCCUCGCUCGGUUAG